AUGCCUACAUUACAAGCAAAGGAAAGGUAUGAUGCACGUCCGUGUCUUAGCGUAGCAGUCUUCGUACAGAUUUUGUUGGGGUAUAAGAAGAGAGGUUUUGGGCGGGGCCUUUGGAACGGGUUUGGAGGGAAAGUAGAUUCCGGAGAGACAUUUCUUCAAGCCGCAUGUCGUGAACUAGAGGAAGAGGCUGGCAUCACAGCACCUCUCGAGCACCGGGGGACGAUCUUUUUCAAGAAUGCGGACACCAAAGAAGCAGCUCAUAUCGAAGUAUUUUAUGCCGAUGAAUAUUCGGGAAGCAUUAUGGAAACUGAUGAGAUGCGUCCCCAAUGGUUCUCCAUUGAUGCAGACGCAGAACCCUCCAAUACUACCUCGGACUUACAGCCCAUUCCGUUUGGUCAGAUGUGGGAAGAGGAUCCUAUGUGGUUUCCGCUCAUGCUAUCCAAGCGUCCCUUUGCUGGACGUGUCGAUUUCGGACCUGAUGGCCGUUUGAGAAAAUGGUGGUUCGCCGAAGUCCCCGCUGCGACAUUAAUAUCUACCUAG